AUGGAAGACCCAAACGCACAGCAACAAGGAGCAGCCUUCCCAGCACCACCCUACUACUUCCAACGCUACACCCAACCCAACUUGGCCCUCCUCGAAAAGGCGAAAUCCGAUCCAACCAAUCCAGACCUCAUAACUGCUCUCGAUGCCCUGCCAUUCCCCAUCUUCGCUCUGGAACCACCGCCACCCAUCAAGCGCGGCAUCUGUUGGAUGUUUGGCAGACCCUGGCCGGUUCAAGACACUUUGGCGACACUGGCGGAACAAGGGAUUGAGCAACUCUACCCUAAGGGCGAUAUCGAUCGCGUAAAGGAACUCAAGAAGCUCAACCACUCUGCCAUCUUCAACUUUCUGGAUCUUGUACACGUCCUAUCCACAUCUCCAGGCGAGUUUGCGACGAAAGUGGAUCAUAUCCGAGUGAUCUUCAUCAACAUGCACCACAUAUUGAACGAAUACCGACCCCAUCAGGCCCGUGAGACCCUGCGGCUCAUGAUGAACGACCAACUGGACAGGAAAAGAAAAGAGACGGCCGCCGUAAGAAAGACAUGCGCGGAUUUGCGGAAACAGCUUGCAGGAUUGAGGGCAUUGGAACAGGAUCGGCUUGUCACUCCGGCAGGGGCUACGACGAGCGACAACAACCAGGAUGUCGAUAUGGCACCAGCAACACCGGUAGCGGCGUCAACAUCAGCAACAGCCACAGACGCAGGAGGAAAUGGAACAGCAAUUGGAGGCAGCACGUCAGCGACCAACAAGAAUGCCGAAGCCAUGAGUCGGAUGAUGCAGCUCUGCGAUACGAUCGAGUAG